AUGCUAGGCCAGCUGUUCUCACCUCUGGUCACUCCACUAGACUGCCGGCGGCCAAUGCCAGCCUGGUUCCUUCCCUCAUUCCUCGCUACUGGUACCGUCACUUGCUUUAUCCCCACGAAAAGCCGAUGGGUUCGGCUUGCCGUCGGCGCCCCAAUCUUUGUUGGUCUUCUUCUCCACGCACCCAGCUUCACCACCGGCGAAGUCGCUCUUGAUUUUGUUACCGGGGUCUUCAUGACUGGUGCCGUCAUCAAAUGGCUUGACUUUGCGGUUUUCCAUGACCCCGGUAAAUCUUUCUGGCGAGUGCCCAGUAUUCGGCCUCGUGUGAGAUCCAACAAGAGAGACUUGGAAGCUCAGACCCCCAUCAAGACCAAGACCCAGGCUAUCGGAGAACAUGUCAAUGGAGAUGCCAAGGUUUUGUCUGCCUCUGCUGCUGCUCCUUUGUUCCUGGUGAAGGUGAAGGAAGGUGAACACCCGUCUGUCCCUGUUAUGGUCACGAAAGAUACCGUCACCCUGCCCGAUGAACCCACCGGUCCAAGUGCCAACGGCUCUUUGCUUGAGCGAUUGCAAUGGAGUGUGAGCUUAUGGUGUUCGACUCGAGGCAUUGGCUGGAACUGGAAGGUCUCUAAUGUCCCUGAGCCGGUCGAACCUGGUUAUUCUCGAGUCAAGUUCUUGCGCCACACUCUUCAUCGGUUCCUCUUGGCUUAUCUUGGUCUGGACUUUGUUCAUUCUUGCACCCGCUGGUAUACAUUGAGCAAGGGGGGCUCCAUGCCCAACAUCUUCUCUGAGGGUCCUCUGGUACGCACUGCGCUGGGUUGGUUUGGUGCCUUGGAAACAUACAACGCUCUCCAAUUGCCCUUCUAUCUGUUUGCGACUAUCACAACAGCAGUAGGACUCUGCCGACCGGAGCAAUGGCCUAAUCUCAUGGGAUCAUUCAGUAACGAUAUGUGGAGCGUGCGACAAUUCUGGGGGAAAUGCUGGCACGGACACCUUCGCCGUGCCGUUGUUGAGCCAUCUCGCAUUGUGGUCGAUUUCCUACGACUUCCAAAGGGAUCCAACGUCCGUAAAUACGCACAGCUUUAUAUUUCCUUCUUCAUCUCCGCCCUCACACACCAUGCUGGUGCUUACCUUGUUGGCCGCAACACUGGUGGCAUGUAUUCUCUCUGGUUGGGCCAGGCAACAGUAAUCAUGUUCGAGGAUGUGGUCAUCUACUAUGGCAAGAAACAUGGCAUCAAGAGCAGUCCUGUUCUCAAGGCUCUUGGUAAGCUUUGGGUGUGCCUUUGGUUUUGUCUACCAACCAACUUCCCCACCGGUGCAGGUGUCGUCAUCAACCAGGGCAUGGGACUUGACCCAGCACCAUUGAACUUCUCUACGGCUGCCGAGUUCCCGGCUUCGCCAUGGGCUAUGACGAACCUGUUCAACUUUGUUGCCGAUCGUGCCACAGUAUUUUGGAUGCUUAGCAAAGCCAUCAAUCUUCUCGAGGCAUCUAGCCCCCGAGAUGUUUUGGAAGCCGCCGCCGGAGCAUUAGGAGCAGCUGUGUGGAAAUACAGUCGCUCUGUCUAG